AUGCAAGCUCAAAGCAUGCUUUCUGGGUCUUGCCCAAACUACAAAAUCCCAUCAAUCCCAACCUUUAAAAACCCCUUCUUUUCUUCUUUAACAUCAAACCCUUCUUUUCAUUUUUUUCUUCAAUCCCACAAUUAUGUCUCCUUCAAAACACAUCAUUCACCAUGCUUAAAAGGUUUUUUGAAGAAGUUAUUGUUUUGUGUAAAUACUACAGAAAAUGAUGUUUUCGAAGAGAAAGAUUACAAGAAGCCACAGUUUGUUAAAAGGAAGAAGCUUGCUGUUUUUGUCUCUGGUGGAGGCUCUAAUUUUAAGUCUAUCCAUGAGGCUUGCUUUCAGGGGCUAAUUCAUGGAGAUAUUGUUGUUUUGGUCACAAAUAAGCCUGAUUGUGGAGGUGCAGAUUAUGGGAGAAGUAAGGAAAUCCCGGUUGUUCUGUUUCCUAGACCAAAAGAUGAGCCUGAUGGGUUCUCUCCAAGUGACCUUGUAGCUGCUCUUAGGAGCCUUGAGGUUGACUUUGUUCUUUUGGCUGGAUAUCUUAAACUUAUACCAGCUGAGUUGAUCCGAGCUUAUCCCCAAUCCAUAUUGAACAUUCAUCCAUCACUUCUUCCAGCUUUUGGUGGCAAAGGUUACUAUGGUAUGAAGGUGCAUAAAGCAGUCAUUGCUUCAGGAGCCAGAUACUCAGGUCCAACUAUCCACUUUGUUGAUGAGCAUUAUGACACAGGGCGUAUCCUGGCUCAAAGAGUUGUCCCUGUGCUUGCAAAUGACACUGCAGAGGAGCUGGCCGCAAGGGUACUCCAAGAAGAACAUCAGUUAUAUGUGGAGGUAACAGCUGCAUUAUGUGAAGAACGCAUAAUUUGGAGGGAAGAUGGUGUCCCUCUCAUCCAAAGUAGGGAAAACCCCAAUGAAUUCAGCUAG